AUGCCCGCGGACAGCUCUGUGAAGAACUGUGAAGAACUGCGAAGACCUGUAGCAGAGCCAGCCUGUGCCAUGGUCCUGUGGCAGCCUUUCCGACGCAUGCGGUUCCUUCGCCGCUGCGCCAUGGCCCUGGCGCUGGCCAGCUGCGCCAUGCUGAUCGGCUUCCAGAUGAAGUUGAUGACCUCCUCGAGCGCCUGGCGGCCGCCCUGGAGGCAGGGGCGACUGAGGGCCGCCGAGGUCAGCGGCCAAGAGGGCCACGGAGACGAGCACGACGGGCGUGAGAGCCGGACGGAGCGGGACCGCAGGAUCAUGGAGCGCCAGAUUUUCAGGGACAACGAGCAAGCCGACCACCGACACGACGACCCGGCCCCGUCGUGGUCGCGCAGCAAGUUGCCCUGGUUCUUCACCAACGGCACCGAAUGGCCUCGUCCGUCGAGCAGGCUGUCGAGGCUCCCGAACGUGUGGCCCGACCCGCAGUCGCCGCACGACGACCGCAUCGUGUCGCAGCUCAUGUACCUGCCGCCCGGUUACAAGGGCCAGCCCAAGAGCAUCAAUACCACUUAUGAUACGAAUGACCUCAGGUUGCGUGAUGCAUCGAACGUCGUGCUGCCGAGCUAG